CGCGACGCGAACGCGACGCGACGCGACGCGACGCGACGCGAACGUCGCGAACGCUCGACCGGUCGACGCCGUCGAAGACCUCGCGCGCGCCGACGCGCGAACGCGACGCGAAUCGCGACGUCGCGAAUGAAAAUCGGUGCCGAGCGAUCGACCAUGGCGCGCGCGGUGCCGACGCCGGCGACGCGAGCGCACCGCGCGGUGACGCGCGCGGGGACGACGGUGAAGCGCGCGAAGAACCGACGGUGCGUCGUGACGAACGUCGCGACGCCGAGCUCGGGCGCGCAGAAGGAACCGGCGAAGCGAAGCAAGGUUGAAAUCAUCAAGGAAAACAGCGACUACCUGCGACACCCGCUGAUCGAGGAGUUGGCGACGACGGCGUCGAACAUCUCCGAGGACGCGGCGCAGUUGUAUAAGUUUCACGGCGGGUAUCAACAGGACGAUCGAGAGAAGCGAGCGUUCGGGGAGGGGAAGUUUUAUCAAUUCAUGAUGCGCACGAAGCAGCCCGCGGGCAAGGUGCCGAACAAGUUGUACCUGACCAUGGAUGACUUGGCGAACACGCACGGGAACGGAACGCUGCGAUUGACGACGCGACAAACGUAUCAAUUGCACGGAAUCUUGAAGAGCGACCUGAAGGAAACGUUCGCGACGGUGAUUCGUAACAUGGGUUCAACGUUGGGGGCGUGCGGAGACAUCAAUCGCAACGUCACCGCGUCUCCGGCGCCGUACGCCAACAAACCGGAGUAUGAUAUCGCGCAAGAACUGGCCAAAGAUAUCGCCGACUUGUUGGCGCCGCAAAGCGGGGCGUAUUACGACGUCUGGCUCGACGGCGAGCAAAUCAUGACGGCUGAAAAGCCCGAAGUGACGGCGGCGCGCAUGGAAAACCGCCACGGCACCAACUUUGAGGGUUCGCCCGAACCCAUUUACGGUUCGUUAUUCUUGCCGCGUAAGUUUAAGAUUGGCGUCACCGUGGAGGGCGAUAACCACAUCGACGUCUUGACGAACGAUAUCGGCAUCGUCGUCGUCAUGCGCGACGGCAAGCACGUCGGGUACAACGUUUACGUCGGCGGUGGCAUGGGGCGCUCGCACCGCAACGACGCCACGUUCCCGCGGGCAGCCACCCUUCUCGGUUUCUGCGGACCGCGCGACAUCUUGUACGCGGUCAAGGCCAUCACGUGCACGCAGCGUGACUACGGUCGCCGCGAUGAUCGCAAGCAGAGUAGAUUGAAGUACUUGGUCGAGAGCUGGGGCAUGGAGCGAUUCAAGACGGUGACGGAGCAAUACUACGGCAAGAAGUUUGAAGCCGGCGUUGAGUUGGCGCCGUUCGAAUUCCCUACGUACUUGGGAUGGAACGAACAAGGCGACGGUAAGCUUUGGUACGGUGUGCACGUCCAAAACGGUCGUCUUCGUGGCGAAAUGAGGAAGGCUUUGCGCAACGUCAUCGAGCGAUACGAACUUCCGGUUCGUCUCACCGCUCAGCAAGAUAUGUUGCUCACCGACGUCGAUCCGGCGUGGAAGGCGGAUAUCAUGGCCACUUUGCAAGCCGCGGGCGUGAAAGACGCGUCCGAAGUCGACGCUCUCGAACGUCUCUCCAUGGCGUGCCCGGCGUUACCUUUGUGCGGUCUCGCCAUCACCGAAGCCGAGCGCGGUUUGCCGGAGAUUAACGCGCGUUUGCGCACGACCAUGACCAAGGUUGGCUUGGCGAUGUCGGACGACUUAGUCAUUCGUAUGACUGGUUGCCCCAACGGUUGCGCGCGUCCGUACAUGGCUGAGCUCGGUUUCGUCGGCGACGGUCCGGCGAGCUACCAAAUUUGGCUCGGAGGCACGCGCGCGAUGACGGGCGUGUCGAGCGCGUACGCCGAGCGCGUCAAGGUGGAUGACAUCGAAACGUUCUUUGAGCCCAUCUUUGCCAUGUGGGCGCAGCAGCGCAAUGCGGGUGAGUUCUUCGGCAACUUUAUCAAUCGCGUCGGGUUCGACGCGCUUCGCGCGUUUUGCGACUCGUACGUUCCGAGCGCCGCCCCCGUCGCCGCCGCCGCCGCCGCCGCGCCGACCGCCGCCGCCGUCGAGACCGUCGGGCGUUUGCCGCGCGUCAUGAUCGAGCGCGAUGCGUUCGAGGCGCUUCAAGCGUACGCUGAGAAGAAGAACACCACCUUAACCCAGGCGACGACGGACGCGAUUCGCAAGAUGAUCGCCGAAGCCUAAACGACGUCUUUUUGUACCAACGCCGAGAAUUUAUGACGGCGUCCGCCGCGGCGCCCGGCGCCUUCCAUGCCCUUACGUUCUUUCAUUCGAUCGUUCACACAUUUAUCCACCCACACUUGUCGCGCCGUCCUACGCGGGCGCUU